GACCAAUGAAGUACAAAGGACUUUACCAUCUAUUCUAUCAAUACAAUCCUAAAGGUGCUGUGUGGGGCAAUAUUGUGUGGGCCCACUCCGUAUCAAAAGAUCUUGUGAAUUGGACCCCACUAGAUCCUGCCAUCUACCCUUCUCAGCCGUCUGAUAUAAAUGGCUGUUGGUCAGGCUCGGCUACUAUGCUUCCUGGGGGCAAGCCAGCCAUUUUGUACACAGGAAUUGACCCAAUGAAUCGCCAAGUUCAAAACUUAGCCAUCCCAAAAAACAUGUCUGACCCAUUACUUAGGGAAUGGGUUAAGUCACCAAAAAAUCCAUUAAUGGCACCAACUAUUGCUAACAAGAUUAAUUCAAGUUCAUUUAGAGACCCCACCACUGCUUGGCUAGGCAAAGAUGGAUAUUGGAGGGUGCUAAUUGGAAGCAAAAGAAAUACUAGGGGAAUGGCAAUUUUGUACAAGAGUAAAAAUUUUGUUAAUUGGGUUGAAGCCAAACACCCAUUACAUUCAGCCCAAGGCACCGGAAUGUGGGAAUGCCCUGAUUUUUAUCCAGUUUUGAAUAAGAGCCCAUUCACCAUUGGUAUGGACACAUCCAUGAAUGGUGAUGAUGUUAGGCAUGUGCUAAAGGUUAGCUUGGAUGAUACAAAACAUGAUCAUUAUUUGAUUGGGACUUAUAACACUGCCAGGGAUAUCUUUGUUCCUGAUAACGGAUUCGAGGAUAACCAAUUCGUCUUAAGAUAUGAUUAUGGAAAAUAUUAUGCCUCAAAAACUAUUUUUGAUGAUGAAAAGAACAGAAGGGUCUUAUUGGGUUGGGUUAACGAAUCAUCAAGUGUUGAAGAUGAUAUCAAGAAAGGAUGGUCUGGAAUCCAUACUAUUCCAAGAGCUAUCUGGCUUCAUAAAUCGGGAAAACAGUUGGUGCAAUGGCCAGUUGUGGAAAUUGAAAACCUACGCGCUAACCCAGUCAACUGGCCCACCAAAGUGGUCAAGGGAGGUGAACUGCUUCAAGUUACUGGUGUUACUGCAGCACAUGCUGAUGUUGAAAUUUCAUUCGAAGUGAAUGACUUUGGAGAGGCUGAAGUAUUAGACCAUUGGAUAGAACCCCAAAUUUUGUGUUCUCAAAAGGGUGCAGCAGUAAAAGGUGGUCUGGGACCCUUUGGUCUGCUAGUUUUUGCUUCUAAAGGCUUGCAAGAGUACACAGCAGUGUUCUUCAGAAUAUUUAGAUACCAACAGAAAAAUUUGGUUCUCAUGUGCAGCGACCAAAGCAGGUCUUCCUUGAAUAAACAUAACGAUAUGACCACAUAUGGAACUUUUGUGGAUGUGGACCCUCUUCAUGAGAAGCUUUCACUAAGAAGUUUGAUUGAUCACUCUGUAGUGGAGAGUUUUGGAGGAGAAGGAAGGGCUUGCAUCACAGCAAGAGUUUAUCCCACAUUAGCAAUCAAUGAUAAGGCACUACUUUAUGCUUUUAAUAAUGGAACUGCCCCUGUCAAGAUCACAAGAUUGAGUGCUUGGAGCAUGAACAAAGCAAAAAUCUAA